GUGUUAUAAUUUAAUAGUAUUAUGGUAUUGAUGGUGUUCUCCCGUCUGCCCGUCAUCGAUAAGACAAUAGACUGAUGACUCAAUUCGGUGAUGAGUUAAAUUAACAGACGUCUCUCGAUUAGGAUCCAAACAUGCCACCUGGCGUUGCAGUGUCCCCGAGUUCGAUUUCAUCGGGAUAUGCAGCUUGUUCAUUGAUCAACGUGGACAGACAAGAUCAACAACAGCCUCUCCGUGGUAAUUUCCCGGAAAAUAUGGAUUCGCAUAUGGGAAUUAGUAGCAGCAGUAGUAGCAGUAGCAGCAGCAGCAGUAGCAGCAGCAGCAGCAGCAGCAGCAGCAGCGCUAGCAGUGUAGAGAGUGCUGAACUUUCAGACAAGGAUCAACUUCAGGUGCAGUCCUGUUAUAAAGGCUUAAAAACACAGGUGUACGUGUGCGGAUCGAUGGCCAACUUGUACGUGCACAACUCGUCGCCGGAAUCCAGCUGGGACCUGAAGUUCACCGGGAUCCCGGUCGUGCUGUACGACAGCGGUGAGACCAAGUCCAGGGACAAGCCCCGCAUCCAGAUCCUUCUGGUGGAGCGCGGCACGUGCUUCGCCCUGUGGCGGGACACGAUCGACAACUUGACUUCGUACAAGGUCUCCAGCCAGGGGUUCCACACCAUGUGCCUGUCCACCGACCACACCCAGUUGAUCGGAUUGAGCUUCGACUGUUCGGAAGCCGCCCAGCAGCUGUGGUCGAACAUCGAACGGCUCACUUCCGACCCGGAGAACAUCCGGCUGUCCGGCCCCGGAAACCGGUCGAAGAGCGCGAGGAAACAGAAACCCAGACCGGCGCCUGUCCGCCGGCUGCCCGACAAGUCGCACAUAUCGACGCCGUGCUGCUUCGAGCACAUCACCAACGUCGAGGUAUCCGACCGGUCCAGAUACCUGUCGCUGCAGAGUCUCGUGCCAACUCCGGCGAUGGUGCCGCUCGACGCACCCUGACCGACUCGGUAAACGUGACCGAGACGGGCGGAGGCGUACAUCAUAAUAUAAUUAUUUUAAAAUAUAGGGAUCUCUGUACAUAGUCAGUUUUUUUUCGCAGUUAAUAUAUUAUUAUUUUUAUUUAACUAAAAAUUAAAACCAAUACACUCGACGUGUGUCUUGCUCCGAUAGAACCCUUUUAUCCUUUUAUAAGUAUACAAUAUAAUAUAAUGUUCUUUAUCCUAGUCCGCGCCGGAAAAUGUCACAUACUGAUACUAUAAUAAUAUACGGUAUUAAUUGUAAGUAGUGUUUGUUGUAGUAGGAUGUCGUUCAUGUCGAACGUGGGAGUAAAAGUUAUAACUAUGAUCCCGUAUACUACAAUAAUGAUAAUAAUAUAGAAAUGUAUUGUUUUAAAUAUAUAAAAAUCCAAGUCGUGAUAUUAUGUUAAGCUUAAGAAUAGUUAUGUCAUCGACGGUAAAUGAGUGUUGUUCAAUGAUUGUAUACUGUUUAAUAAAAAUGUAUGUUAUAUGGCACACCUAACUAGUUAGUUGUAAACAACAAUAAUUAUGAUUCUUGAACGAAAUUAUUUAAUUAUGCAUUAGGCCUAAAUAUAAUAUUAUAUUAUAAUGACUGUCAUUAAUAAGACAUUUUAUGAGUUUAGAAAUUCUUGUAUGUUCGUAUCCUUUAUUGUUGCCUACAUAAUAUUAUAAAAUAUAUUCCAUAACCACUUAUGCUUGGG